GGCGGUCCGGGCUCCCAUUGCGCGCCUCCCGGGGUUGCUUGGUGUCUCGGGUCCUGAGAGGGCGGCCGCCGGCACAGGCCACCCAGGCAUGCUGCCUGCCUUCGCCCAAGGCCCCUUCUUUGGGCAUCAAGGCCCGUCUUUCUCCGCUUCGUGCGCUCCUUCGUACCUGAGGCGAACGCCCCAGUGAGAGCCAUCCUCUCCCCGCUCCACUCCCAAUCGCGGGAUCCGGGUUGUUUGUGAUCCUGACGCAGUUUGGGCGGUGGGCAAAUCUCCUGAGUGCGUGCGUGCUUACCUUGUGGUAGGCGCCAUGCUCCACGGGUUUUAACCUGCGUCAUAUAUUUGUAUUUCGUGUAACGAUCCAGUGAGACUCGUACCCUCACCAGCCUCUUCUUACAGACGAGGAAAUUGAGGCUCGGUUCUUCCAUACAGAUCCAGAACUGCAACCAUGAAGUUGAAGGAGACAAAAUCAGGGCCAAAGCCAUCAAUCUUGGGUAAAUUUAAGACGAAGGGAAUCAAAGUUGUGGGAAAAUGGAAGCAGGUGAAGAUUGACCCAAAUGUGUUUGUAGAUGGACAGAUGGACGACUUGGUAUGCUUUGAGGAACUGACAGAUUACCAGUUAGUCUCGCCUAAGAAUCCCUCCAGUCUCUUCUCAAAGGAGGAGCCCAAAAAGAGAAAGGCACAAGCUGUUUCAGAAGGAAAGGAGGAAGGAGGAGAGUCCAGCUCCCCAAAGAAAAAGGUCAAGUUGAAGAAGAGUAAAGAUGUGGAAACAGAAGGAACCAGUGCCCAAAAAGAGUGUGAGGACAAAGAUGCUGAGCCAGGGUCUCAGGGAGAUGGCAUCGUUUGUCCUGAUCCAGGGGUAGAGGAGAUGGCAUCCGGAAGCCUGGCCCAGAAAGUUCCAAAAAAGAAGAAAAAGAAAGGGAAAAAAGAAAGGGAGCCUUCCCAGGGCACUGCCCCAAAGUUGCCCAAAAAAGCAAAGACAUGGAUGCCUGAAAUGCAUGACCAGAAGGCCAAUGUGUCAGCUUGGAAGGACCUGUUUGUGCCAAAGCCAGUUCUCCGAGCGCUCAGCUUUCUAGGCUUCUCUGCACCCACGCCGAUCCAAGCCCUGACUCUGGCACCCGCCAUCCGUGACAAACUUGACAUUCUUGGGGCUGCUGAGACAGGAAGUGGGAAAACUCUUGCCUUUGCCAUUCCGAUGAUUCAUGCUGUGCUGCAGUGGCAGGAGAAGAGGAAGCCUGCCUCAGCUCCAAGUAACACCGGAGCACCACCUGAAGAGACAAGAAUCGAGACUAGAUUUGAGAGUGGAUCACCAGGCAAGGCUGGAACUGAGUCUGGAGCAUUUCCUGAUGAGACUGGAAUUGAAAGUGAAGCACUGCCCAGUGAGGCUAGUGUUAAGGCUAGCACUCCCCACAGCAAGGCCAGAGGCAAGACUGGAGCUACUAUCUCAGAGCAGGGUCUGCUCUUCUGUGAUGAUGAUGCUGGUGAAGGACCUUCUUCGCUGAUCAUGGAAAAACCAGUCCCCAUACAGGAUGAGGAUGAAGAGGAAGAGCUCGGUGAAGAGCACACUGAAAAGUUAAAACAAGAGUUGGGUGGCAAAACUACCACCUCUAAAGCAUAUCCAGAAUGUCCUCUGCUUGGACUGGUUCUAACUCCCACUAGAGAGCUGGCUGUCCAGGUCAAACAACACAUUGAUGCUGUGGCCAAGUUUACAGGAAUUAAAACUGCUAUUUUGGUUGGUGGAAUGUCCACACAGAAACAGCAGAGGAUGCUGAAUCGCCAGCCUGAGAUUGUGAUCGCCACCCCAGGCCGGCUGUGGGAGUUAGUUAAAGAAAAGCACCCUCAUUUGAGCAAUCUUCAGCAGCUCAGGUGCCUGGUGGUGGAUGAGGCUGACCGGAUGGUUGAGAAAGGCCACUUUGCUGAGCUCUCACAGCUGCUAGAGAUGCUCAGUGAUGCCCAGUACAACCCAAAGAGACAGACACUUGUUUUUUCUGCUACACUGACCCUGGUACAUCAAGCUCCUGCUCGAAUACUUCAUAAGAAGCACACCAAGAAAAUCGACAAAACUGCCAAACUUGACCUCCUCAUGCAGAAGAUUGGCAUGAGAGGCAAGCCCAAGGUCAUUGAUCUCACAAGGAAUGAGGCCACAGUGGAGACACUGACAGAGACCAAGAUCCAUUGUGAGACCGAUGAGAAGGACUUGUACCUGUACUACUUUCUGAUGCAGUAUCCAGGCCGCACCUUAGUGUUUGCCAACAGCAUCUCCUGCAUCAAACGCCUCUCUGGACUCCUCAAAGUCCUGGACAUCAUGCCACUGACCCUACAUGCCUGCAUGCACCAGAAGCAGAGGCUCAGAAACCUGGAGCAAUUUGCUCGUCUGGAGGACUGUGUUCUCCUGGCAACAGAUGUGGCUGCCCGAGGCUUGGAUAUUCCUAAAGUCCAGCAUGUCAUCCAUUACCAGGUCCCUCGCACCUCGGAGAUUUAUGUCCACCGAAGUGGUCGAACUGCUCGUGCCACCAAUGAAGGCCUCAGCCUCAUGCUGAUUGGGCCUGAAGAUGUGAUCAACUUUAAGAAGAUUUACAAAACCCUCAAGAAAGAUGAGGACAUCCCACUGUUCCCUGUGCAAACAAAGUACAUGGACGCAGUCAAGGAGCGAAUCCAUUUAGCUCGACAGAUUGAGAAAGCCGAGUAUCGGAACUUCCAGGCUUGUCUUCACAAUUCUUGGAUUGAGCAGGCAGCAGCUGCCCUCGAGAUCGAGCUGGAGGAAGAAAUGUAUAAGGGAGGAAAAGCUGACCAGCAAGAAGAGCGUCGGAGACAAAAGCAGAUGAAGGUCUUGAAAAAGGAGCUGCGCAAUUUACUUUCCCAACCAUUGUUUAAAGAUGACCUGAAAACCAAGUACCCAACUCAGUCUGGCAAGUUGCCCAUGGUCAUGUCUGUCCAAAGAAAUGGUGAGUCUGCUUUGAGCUGCAUCUCCAAACAGAGGAAGCAGCAGCAGCCAAGAGAGCAGCAGCAGCAGCGAGAACGGCAAAAGCCACAGCCAAGUACAAGUGCAAAUUAACUGCCCCAAAUCAAGGUUUGUUGGUAAUAGCACAGCACAGUGGUGUCUGUGUCCUGUGUUUUCUGCUUAUGUGUAAAAAACUUUGUUCCCACUUGUUCAUUUCACUCCCCCACCAACCCCAGUUAUAAAAAUCACCUUUCCACCCCCACCUGCCCCAUAGCAGGAGAGACCUCGUGCAGGUUUGUGUUGUUUUGCAGUAAGAAUUCCACACAGCAGCUUAUUCUGUAUUCCAGUGUUACAGGCUUCUUUUAUGUCCAACUUGACCUCAUAAAUUAAAAACAAUGAUCAGA